AUGGCAGCUUUGAAAAUAGAAGGCGUAACCCACUGGUCGAUCCCGGUAAACGACCUGAACGAAGCGGAAGAGUUUUACGGCGAGCUGCUGGGUCUCACGCCCAAGGGCAGGCUCGGCAACAGCGUUAUGUCGUGUUUCAACGUCGGUGACCACAACAUUCUGCUGUGCGAGCGCUCCAGCCCGGUGGAUGGUCUCCUCGCUGAGAACGGCGGCGCCCACCAUUCAUUCACGGUAUCGCCCGACACCUUCAACGAGGCGUGCCGGGUGUUCCGCCAGAGGGCUAUCAAAAUCGACAACCUGACCUACCGGGCACAGGGGUUCUUCACCGGACGCGAGCUGUACUUCUACGACCCCAGCGGCAACCGGCUGGAGCUGCGGGACCCAACGUGGACGCAGGGGAUGCCUGAGCCUUCGUUCGAGGAACUGGCAACCUCCUGA